UGUCGUGCUGUGUCGUGCACUUGCGUCGUGCUGCCCGUGCAAGGUAUUUAUUGGAUUUGUAGUUUGCACCAUCUGGCCAUACUGACCAUACUAUAGAAGUAGGUUGUACCGACGUUGUGUCGUGAUGUCAAAAGAAAAGGUAGCUAAAUUGGAUUGCGUGUUCAUUCGUCGCUUCAAAAAAUGCCUUGCGAUCAUGUUUCCUUCGUGGACGGAAACUUCAACCAUUCUCUUGGUUCUCCUUUUAGGCCUAUCCUUUUUACAACAAGCAUUGUACUACAAUUCUGGUCUUAUUCCAAGUCAAUAUAUACAAGUGUUAGUGGAUGAAGAUCAUGCUGAAUUUCAAAAUGUUGUCUUCAAUUCUAUUGUUAUAAUCAUCAGUACUGCUUUGGUGAAAAGUCUGGUGAUGUUUGUGGGUGGAAUCCUUUACAUUAAUUGGCGUGGAAGUCUCACAAAGUUUAUCCACAAAUUUUACUUUGCUGACGACAACUAUUAUAAACUAAAUGUCUUACAAAGAGACAUUGACAACUUAGAUCAACGUAUCACGCAAGAUGUUGAUAAGUUUUGUAAAGAGUUCAGUACCAUUUUCUCAACUCUUGUCAUAUCCCCUUUUAUCAUUGGUUAUUAUACAUAUCAAUGUUAUGACAGUACCAAAUACAUCGGUGUUGUCAGUAUUUAUGGAUAUUUUAUCCUUGGAACAAUCUUCAAUAAGAUUCUCAUGAGUCCAAUCAUUAAACUGGUCUUUCAACAAGAAAAACUCGAGGGAAAUUUUCGAUUCAAGCACAUGCAAAUUCGUGUCAAUGCUGAAUCAACGGCGUUUUACAAUUCUAGUCUGUUGGAAGAAAAAAGGACAAAUAUUAAGUUGGAGAAUUUGCUCCGAGUUCAAUAUAAAUUGAUUGCGUAUCAAUUAUUUCUUCAAUGCUCUGUAAACUUCUUUGAUUACUCAGGCUCUAUAGUCAGUUACAUAGUCGUGAGUAUCCCAGUAUUUAGGGGUGACUUUCACCAUCUCGAUGCGGGCGAACGGGCUGCAGUUAUUAGUAAGUAUUCAUUUGUAUCGAUCUAUCUCGUCAAUUCUUUCUCCCAACUUAUUGAUUUGUCCAAUAAAAUUUCCGACAUUGCUGGCUAUAUCUUCAGAAUUGGCGAAGUUUUGGAGUAUUUUAAAGAUAACAAGAAAUCAUUUGGCACGUCGUCUCAACAAGGAACUGUGUUUAUUGAUAAUGACGAUGAUUUGUCAGACGGUGUACUAUUCAAAUUGAGAAAUAUCACAUACUCUACACCGUUUACCUCUGAUAAACAGUUAGUUAAAGAUUUAAACCUCGAAAUUGUACUAGAAGAAAAUAUUCUAAUCAAUGGAAAAACUGGUAGUGGUAAAACAUCGCUGCUACGAAUAUUGAGUGGAAUUUCUCAACCUGACUUCGGAAAUAUUCUGAGGAAGAAAAGUGUUUUGGAAAAAUUGUCUGUCCUGUUUCUGCCUCAAAAACCGCUUCUAACCGACGGCUCUUUAAAACAACAGGUCAUAUACCCAGAAGAUGAGGAUGCUUGUUUAGACGAUCUCCUUGAAUCAAGAAGAAACGAAAAGAUCGAAAAGUAUCUUGAACUCGUUAAUAUGACUGAAGUUUGUCAACGUGUUGGUGGUAUUGAUCAUAAGGUUGAAUGGAACUGGGAGGAUGUUUUGUCUCCUGGUGAGAUGCAAAGAUUGUCGUUCGCACGAUUAUUUUAUCAUCAACCUGUUUGCGCGGUACUUGACGAGGCCACUAGUGCGUUAGAUGUAGAAACUGAAAAGGAGAUGUAUCAACUGUGUCAAUCUUUUGAAAUAACACUCGUCUCUGUAGGACAUCGUGACUCAUUACACCAGUUUCAUCGGAAAAUUUUGUUUCUUGAUGGUAAUGGUGGCUGGCUACUGCAUGCUCUUCCUCAAUCAUGACAUUUUUUUAUUAAUCUUUGCGAAAAAUUAAAUGAAAUUUGUUUUUAUCUUCUUCAGUGAUUACCAAGCAAUAACUGAAGCUGUAAAUUACUUUAAAGGAUUUAUUUGCUAUUAAUUUCUGUUUAGUGAAUUGAAAAUCAUUAUUGAACUUUCGCUAAA